AGGUGAGUGAAUCAGAAGGAAGUGAGACAGAAACCCCAGCUCACUCUUAAACCCUAGAUUUUCACAUCACUCAAAAACCUCAAAGCUGAGCCAACAAUGGCGAAUCGGCGAUACCUUCAAACCCUAACCCGCCAUUUAUCAUACCUUCUCUCUCCAAACCUCCAUUCCCUCAAUUCCAUUUCCCCUCAAACAACCCUAACCCCAGCCCUUCUCAAUUCCAUCAACACAUUAACUUCCUCUCCCAAAUGCCCCCAAAUUAACACUAAAAUCUCAUCUUUCCACCGCCAUUUCUGCUCGAAACCACCGAACAUUAGCGAUGGUGAUGAUGACGAGGAUGAAACUGAUUUUGAUGAUGAGGAUGACGUGGAGUCAAAUAGUGAGCCCAGUAGAGAGUAUACUCAAGAGGAGAAAGAACAAGAGGCAGCUGAAAUUGGGUAUAAGGUGAUGGGCCCACUUCAGAGAUCCGACCGCGUUUUCAAACCAUAUGAACCCGUUUUUGCUAUUAUUCAGAUUGGUUCCCACCAGUUUAAAGUGAGCAAUGGUGAUUCCAUUUUUACAGAGAAAUUGAAGUUCUGUGAAGUCAAUGACAAGUUGAUUCUAAACAAGGUUAUGCUGUUGGGCUCAAAGACUCAGACAAUCAUUGGCAGGCCUAUAUUGCCUGAUGCAGCUGUUCAUGCUGUCGUUGAGGAGCAUGCAUUAGAUGCCAAAGUACUGAUAUUCAAGAAGAAGAGACGAAAGAACUAUCGACGAACACGAGGGCAUCGGCAGGAAUUAACAAAGUUGAGGAUUACGGAUAUACAAGGGGUUGAAAAACCUGAAGUGGUACCAAUUCUCAAGACAGAGAAGAAGGGUGCAAAGAAGGUCGCAGUAGCAGCUUAAAGAUGGUUAGAAGAUCAAAGAAAGAUGCUUGAGUAGGGGAUUUUUGGCAUAUACAGCUGACACAGCUCAGCGUUUUUAUUCUCAUUUUCUCUUAUAAAAUUUGAUGUUAGAACUCAGAUGCCACAUGUGGUCAGAUGGUAAUCAGGCGUGAGAUGGAAGGGAACGAAUCUGUUGUAGGCUUAACAUAGUCAAAAUCUUGAGGAUGUGUAUUUGGCUAUGAGAGCCCAUACCUCAUAAGGAAAAUAAUCUUUUCUUGCAUAGGAGUAUUUCCUACUCUUAAUGCAGUGUUGACUUCCUUUCA